AUGGAGGUAGCUAAAAAGUCCGGUGGAAAAUACUCUCCUAAGACUGUUUAUGGUAUCACUUGUACGCUUAAGCGUUAUUUGGAGGAGAAAAAUGGAUCCGAAGCUUUGAAUCCUCUGGACACUAGUGAGAAAAGGUAAUUGACAACUUUUAGACCGCAUUUUUCAGAAUUUUAAAAUGCACUGUUUUGGGAAGUGAAUUUGGUGUGUUGUUUUUCGAAGGUUUGUCCUGUUCCGACGUUGCUUAGAUGCGGAGAUGAAGGAUGGCUUUCGAGAAGGGCUUCACAUUAAGUGCAAGAAGGAGGAGAAGGAGUUUGUGAGCGAGCAAGAAGAAGUAACACUCUGGGAGAAGAAAUUGCUGGGAACUACAUCAGCUAAGUCGUUAUUGAACACGAUCUAUUUCUACAACGGAAAAGUUGAAAGAAUACUAUGUUGCCCUAUUGUUGUUGUAAGUAAUGAUUGA